GGUGUUGGAGGCGCGCGGGGACGCGAGAGAGGAAGGAGAAAAAAAAAAACCUCAACCAUCAUCAACGCGCUGGCGGUGCGGGGUCACGAACUAUGACCUUUAACAGAAGAAAACCAAAACAUUUAUUUUAUAAAAUAGCAGAGAGCCCGAAAUCUGUGAGCACCGUUUCCCGGAGACCUCACUAAUGACCUUACAUCAUCAUGACGACCAACCCGAAUCUGCUCUCUCAGCAGAAAGUGGACUCUGAGCACGAGGCAGAGGUGCCAACCUCUCCUUCAGACUCAGCGAUGGGUGAGUCUCCACAGCGCUUUCAGGUCAUCUCCACUGAGCCUGGCACAACACCACAGCGAAUACAGAUUGUAACUGACCAGCAGACAGGUCAGAAGAUCCAGAUAGUGACAGCGAUGAAGCCGUCCAGUGCUCCCAAACAGCAGUUCAUCCUGACUACGGCUGACAGCUCAGGGGCAGGCAAGGUUAUCUUGGCCUCACCAGACAGCCACAACACUAAGCAGCUCAUCUUCACUGCUGCAGACAGCCUGAUGCCAGGAAGGAUACAGAUCGUCACAGAUCCAGUGUCAAUGGAACGGUUGUUGGGGCAGUCAGGGGACUUAAGUCGACCACAGCCAGUGGAGUACUGCGUGGUGUGUGGGGACAAGGCAUCAGGGCGCCACUAUGGAGCAGUCAGCUGUGAGGGAUGUAAAGGCUUCUUCAAGCGGAGUGUGAGGAAGAACCUGACCUACAGCUGUCGCAGUAAACAGGACUGCGUCAUCAACAAACACCACCGCAAUCGCUGCCAGUUCUGUCGGCUGAGGAAAUGCCUUAGCAUGGGGAUGAAGACUGACUCUGUCCAGAGUGAGAGGAAGCCCAUUGAUGUAGUGCCCAGAGAGAAGCAUGCCAACUGUGCUGCCUCCACACAAAAGAUCUACAUUCGCAAGGACCUUAACAGUCCGCUCAUCGCCACGCCAACCUUUAUCUCCGAUACAGAGACCGAUGGCUCCAGAUCCAGCCUGCUGGACCAGGGCAUGCUGGUUAACAUCCAGCAGCCGGUCAUCCAGAGCGAUGGAACUUUGCUGCUGGCCACUGACUCAAAGAUGGAGUCUGGGCAGGGGGACUUGGGGACACUAGCCAAUGUGGUGACUUCACUGGCCAACCUGAGUGACUCACUGAGAGAGAAUCUAAACAAUGGUGAUACCUCAGACAGCCAGCAAGAGGAGCAGUCUGCCAGCGAGAUAACACGUGCCUUUGACACCCUGGCCAAGGUUUUCCACCCACCUGAAGUAGGGGUCGGACAGAGUCUGGCAGAAAAGCCGCAGUGUGUGAGUGGAACAACCAUCCAGCUGAUUGGUCGAGACCAGGAGACACCUAUCAUUGAGGUGGAGGGACCACUGCUCACAGACAGCCAUGUCGGCUUUAAGCUGACCAUGCCCAGCCCCAUGCCCGAGUAUCUGAACGUACACUACAUCUGUGAGUCAGCAUCCAGACUUCUUUUUCUCUCCAUGCACUGGGCACGCUCCAUCCCUGCCUUCUCAGCUCUUGGUCAGGAGGCAAACACCAGUUUGGUGCGCGCCUGCUGGAACGAGUUGUUUACUCUGGGUCUCGCUCAGUGCGCUCAUGUGAUGAACUUGUCGACCAUCCUCGCUGCUAUAAUCAACCACCUUCAAAGCAGCAUCCAGGAUGACAAGCUUUCGGGGGAGAGGGUGAAGCAGGUGAUGGAGCACAUUUGGAAGUUCCAGGAGUUCUGUAACAGCAUGACGAGACUGGAGACCGACAGCUACGAAUAUGCCUACCUGAAAGCUAUAGUGCUGUUCAGUCCAGAUCACCCAGGUGUGGACAGCAGUGGGCAGAUUGAGAAGUUCCAGGAGAAAGCGCUGAUGGAGCUGCAGGACUACGUGCAGAAAACCUACCCAGAUGACGCCUACAGGUUGACUCGUAUCCUGACUCGUCUCCCCGCCCUGCGCCUCAUGAACUCCGGCAUCACCGAGGAGCUCUUCUUCACCGGCUUGAUAGGUAACGUCUCUAUUGACAGCAUCAUUCCCUACAUCCUCAAGAUGGAGACGGCUGAGUAUAACAGCCAGGACUCUGACCCUACAGAGUGACAGCCCCCCGUAUCACUCCAGCACCCAGAACUGUUGAAUUAAAGAUUACAGAGUCUCCACAUCAGGUACUCUUCUUUGUCUCUCAUGGGGUUUACAGUUAAAACCCAGUCCACAAUCCUGCAGUGGCCCCUUGGUUUUUUGAACAAUGCAUGGUGCAAAGUCAUUCAGGAAUACUCGGUGGAUUAAGAUAAUCUGGGAUUGGGAAACCAGGAUGACACUUGGAAUGUUUCUGGGGCUGACGCAGUGUGGUGAUGCUGAAUUUCUGGUUUUAAACUCAGAACAGAAUAGAAAAGGAAUUCUCCGCAGCUGCGACUGUACUCGUCUCCUUUAAUGUCUUUAUGGCACUUCAAGCUAAUUACAUAUGAACUUUACCUUCUGACCGAAGCCUUUCAGAUUGUUUUAGUCUUAUGGAAGCCUUACCAUGCUGUCAUGUUGAUCACUUACAUAAUUUAACGUAAGCUUGCAGGUAACAGAUGAGCUGUGUCAGCAGGUUCAAACUGAAGUCUUUUAACCUAUUUACAAGUCUGAGGACUAAAGUAGAUCUGAGUACUUACUUUAAAAGUGUGCUCCGAAGCUUUAAAGCAUUUGUUUAUGUUGGUAUUUGGGAACAUUGUGCAGUACUGUUCUGUAAGCUCACUGUGCUGCUAAAAUUGAGAAUUCAGACAUUUGUGAAUGUCAUAAAACAGUGAAUAGAAACAUGCUUUUUAAUCGUUUUAUCUCUUUUCAUUUCCUAAAAGGUGCGAGACAUUAAUGUACAGCUCUUUACUUUCAAUACAUUUUAAAUAGUACUUUGAGGGAGAACUCAGAUCAGGUACAGAAACUAACUCAAACCUCAAUUAAAUAAUCCAUAAUCUAUAUUCAUACGGACUGACUUUCAUAACAUUUAUGUACCACACAGUGCAUUACAACACGACCAUCUGAUUUUGUUCAGUUUCACUUUUAACUCACAUUCACAAAGUCACGUCAGCCAAGUUAGACCAUGUGUCUUUUUUAAUACUGCAUGACGUCUCAGAGGUUUUAUCUUUGGGAGUGUAUGUAUGUUUCGGUACACUCAUAUCUGCAUUAACAUGAAUAUGUUGCUAAUAUAACCCGUGCAAUCACCUCAUCACUUUUCCCUUUGCGACAAUCAAUUAUAUGUUACUUCCUCCUGUUCCAUCAGUGAGUGUCAUGGCAGUUCUUCUCAAUCUGCAUUUUGUACAUGUAUUUAUUAAUGGCAGUUAUUUCUUUUAAGAAGUUAGACUAUCUUAAAGAUUUUGUGUUCAGAAAUAUUACUUAUGUGUAGCUAUGCUACUGUUUUUGUACUUGUGUUUGCAUUUGUACUCUGCUAAGUGCACAUCAAUCAGCUUUUGUGGCGUUCCACUGUGUUCAUGCUGACUAAAACUUUGUUUUUUAUGUUUUCUGAAAACUUUUAUUUGUUGUGAACAGAUUUGCUUGUUGCAUACUAAGUGUACUUAAAGUACUUUUGGGCAGGUUUCCCUGGUUUAAAAACAAACAGGAUUAUCUGGGAAGCCAGUGUGGAGUGUGUUGAUGUCUCGAGGACUGUAUGAAGACAAUAUGCAUCGGCUCACACACUCUUACAAUGGUUCAGAAUACGCAUCCACAGCAACAUGAAUGAUAACGGGAAUGUAAAGGAAUCAACAAGGAGUAUGUCUUGUGAAAUAAAUGUCAAUUGUAAUAUUUGGGGUUUAAAACCUACACAGACUGUUUGUAAAGGCACUGUUGUGAAAUGACCUUUGUACAUGUAGUUUCAUUAAAAUGAGUGCAUGUUGUUUUUAAGCCGAGUUUUAUAAUCUUGUGGCUGUCUGCCCUAAUAAGGAGCAUUGUUAUAAAUUUUAUAGUGCAUUGCAGUGCAUGAAGAAGUUGCUUAAGUGCAUUUUAUUAAAUGCUGUAUGAAACAUGUUAAUUUAAAUGUUGUGGCUUUAAAAUAUUUACCAUGAGCAGCUCCCACAUUAACAGAUCUUAAGUCACUUUUUUUCAGCUUUGUGGAUUGAGUAUCUUACGGUUAAACAUUUUAUACUAUAUAAAUGUACUUUGUUUUUCUGCUCAUGUAAAAUGUGUUUCUUCAAACAUUGAGAUUGAGAGAAAACAUUCAUGUUUUGCUCAAGUUUGUCACAACCCCACAUUUCUACCUCACACCAAUGGAGAUAUAAAACAAAUGUAUCAAUGACUGAGCUCAUGUAUCAGCAUUCCAGUCUCUGAGGCUGGCCUCUUUGAAGCCACACGCUAUAAAAGAA